AUGUACAACAGCGGGCAGGAUAUGUGGGGAAACAAUAUGAGUAAUCCGGCGCCGCCGGGGACGAGCGGAAGUGGAGCCAUGCCGCCGAUGAUGGCUCCGCCCGGGACCAGCGGAGCACAGCCUGUUCUGCCGCCGGUGCCGUCUUCGCAGCCGUCCUACACUGUUGUUCCAACCGAGUCUCAGCUGGACGAGAGGGCAAGGAAGUGGAUGCAGCUCAACAGUAAGCGUUACAGUGAUAAACGGAAGUUUGGAUUUGUUGAGACGCAGAAGGAGGAUAUGCCUCCAGAACAUGUCAGAAAAAUCAUUAGGGAUCAUGGUGACAUGUCAUCGAAGAAAUAUCGCCAUGAUAAGCGCGUGUAUUUAGGAGCUCUCAAGUUUGUACCUCAUGCUGUAUACAAACUUCUUGAGAAUAUGCCAAUGCCUUGGGAGCAGGUUCGUGAAGUGAAGGUUCUGUACCAUAUUACUGGGGCUAUUACAUUUGUCAAUGAGAUUCCAUGGGUCGUUGAACCUAUCUAUUUGGCUCAGUGGGGUACCAUGUGGAUUAUGAUGAGAAGAGAGAAGAGAGAUCGUCGUCAUUUCAAGAGGAUGCGUUUUCCACCAUUUGAUGAUGAGGAGCCUCCACUAGAUUAUGCUGAUAACCUCCUUGAUGUGGAUCCUUUAGAGCCCAUUCAGUUGGAACUGGAUGAAGAAGAGGAUUCAGCUGUCUACACUUGGUUCUAUGAUCAUAAACCACUUGUGAGGACAAAGCUAAUUAAUGGACCUAGUUAUCGGAAAUGGCAUCUCUCACUCCCGAUUAUGGCAACACUUCACCGACUUGCCGGGCAAUUGCUCUCAGAUCUAAUUGAUCGCAAUUAUUUUUACCUUUUUGACAUGGAGUCAUUCUUCACAGCCAAAGCUCUGAACAUGUGCAUCCCUGGUGGUCCUAAGUUUGAGCCCCUGUAUCGUGACAUGGAGAAAGGAGAUGAGGACUGGAAUGAAUUUAAUGACAUAAAUAAGCUGAUCAUCCGCUCGCCUUUGAGGACUGAGUACAGGAUUGCAUUCCCCCAUCUUUAUAAUAAUAGGCCAAGGAAAGUAAAGCUUAGCAUCUAUCAUACUCCUAUGGUGAUGUACAUUAAAACGGAGGACCCUGACUUGCCUGCGUUCUAUUACGAUCCUUUGAUUCACCCCAUAACAAGUACAAACAAGGAUAGGCGGGAUAAGAAGAUUUAUGAAGAAGAUGAUGAAGAUGAUUUUGUCUUGCCAGAGGGAGUUGAACCAUUACUAACAAGCACUCCUAUAUAUACUGACACUACUGCGGCAGGGAUUUCAUUAUUGUUUGCCCCGAGGCCCUUCAACAUGCGAUCUGGUCGGACGAGGCGUGCUGAAGAUAUCCCUCUGGUGUCUGAGUGGUUCAAGGAGCACUGUCCUCCAUCAUACCCUGUCAAAGUUCGCGUCAGUUACCAGAAACUUUUGAAGUGCUUUGUGUUGAAUGAACUCCAUCACAGACCCCCCAAGGCUCAGAAGAAGAGGCACCUCUUCAGGUCUCUCCAAGCUACAAAGUUUUUCCAGACCACCGAACUUGAUUGGGCUGAAGCAGGUCUGCAAGUCUGUAAGCAAGGGUAUAAUAUGCUGAACCUGCUGAUCCAUAGAAAAAAUUUGAAUUAUCUCCACCUCGACUACAAUUUUAACUUGAAACCUGUGAAGACCCUUACCACUAAGGAACGAAAAAAAUCACGUUUUGGUAAUGCCUUCCACCUUUGCCGUGAAAUUCUGCGUCUGACGAAGCUUGUCGUUGAUGCAAAUAUCCAGUUUCGGUUGGGUAACGUAGAUGCAUUUCAGUUGGCUGAUGGGUUGCAAUACAUCUUUUCACAUGUUGGCCAGUUAACGGGUAUGUACAGAUACAAGUACCGAUUGAUGCGGCAGAUUCGAAUGUGCAAAGAUUUGAAGCAUUUAAUUUAUUAUCGUUUUAAUACUGGGCCCGUGGGCAAGGGUCCUGGAUGUGGCUUUUGGGCACCUAUGUGGAGAGUGUGGUUGUUUUUCCUUCGUGGCAUAGUUCCUCUCCUGGAAAGGUGGCUGGGGAAUUUGCUGGCGAGGCAAUUUGAAGGACGCCAUUCCAAAGGAGUUGCUAAAACAGUGACAAAGCAACGCGUUGAAAGCCACUUUGAUUUGGAGCUUCGUGCUGCUGUGAUGCAUGAUGUCCUUGAUGCAAUGCCUGAGGGUAUCAAAGCAAACAAAGCAAGAACAAUUUUGCAGCAUUUGAGUGAAGCAUGGCGUUGCUGGAAAGCCAAUAUUCCUUGGAAGGUACCUGGUUUGCCAGUUCCAAUUGAGAACAUGAUACUUCGUUAUGUCAAAUCGAAAGCAGACUGGUGGACGAAUGUUGCGCAUUAUAACAGGGAACGUAUUAGAAGGGGAGCCACAGUAGACAAGACCGUAUGCCGAAAGAAUCUUGGAAGAUUGACCCGUCUUUGGUUGAAGGCCGAACAGGAACGCCAGCACAAUUACUUGAAAGACGGUCCCUAUGUGACACCAGAAGAAGCGGUGGCCAUUUACACGACAACUGUGCAUUGGCUGGAAUCUAGAAAAUUUUCUCCGAUUCCUUUUCCUCCAUUGUCUUACAAGCAUGAUACAAAGCUACUUAUCCUUGCCCUGGAAAGGUUGAAGGAGUCCUAUAGUGUGGCUGUUAGGUUGAACCAGCUGCAAAGAGAAGAAUUGGGUUUGAUUGAGCAGGCCUAUGAUAACCCACACGAGGCUUUGUCCCGUAUAAAACGUCAUUUGCUUACACAACGUGCCUUUAAAGAAGUUGGCAUCGAGUUCAUGGAUUUGUAUAGCUAUCUGAUUCCUGUCUAUGAGAUUGAGCCUCUUGAGAAGAUCACUGAUGCAUAUUUGGACCAGUACCUGUGGUACGAGGGUGAUAAACGCCACCUUUUCCCAAAUUGGAUUAAACCGGCUGACUCAGAACCACCACCAUUGUUGGUGUACAAAUGGUGUCAGGGAAUAAAUAACUUACAAGGGAUAUGGGACACUAGUGAGGGACAAUGCGUGGUCAUGCUGCAGACCAAGUUCGAGAAGUUUUUUGAAAAGAUCGAUCUAACCAUGCUGAACAGGCUUCUGCGUUUGGUUCUUGACCAUAAUAUUGCCGAUUAUGUCACUGCAAAGAAUAAUGUUGUAUUAUCAUACAAAGAUAUGAGUCAUACAAACUCUUAUGGGCUCAUACGUGGCCUGCAGUUUGCUUCAUUUGUUGUGCAGUACUAUGGGCUUGUUUUGGACCUUCUGCUUCUUGGUUUGACUCGUGCUAGUGAGAUAGCUGGACCACCGCAUAUGCCGAACGAGUUUAUUACUUAUCAUGAUACCAGAGUGGAAACACGGCAUCCAAUUCGGCUGUACUCAAGAUAUAUUGAUAAAGUGCAUAUAUUGUUCCGCUUCACUCAUGAAGAGGCUAGGGAUCUUAUCCAGCGGUAUCUUACGGAACAUCCAGAUCCCAAUAAUGAAAAUAUGGUUGGUUAUAACAAUAAGAAAUGCUGGCCGAGAGAUGCCAGAAUGCGGCUCAUGAAGCAUGAUGUGAAUCUUGGAAGAAGUGUUUUUUGGGAUAUGAAAAACCGUCUUCCACGGAGUAUUACCACCCUCGAAUGGGAGAACAGCUUUGUGUCUGUGUACAGCAAAGAUAAUCCAAACUUGCUUUUCAGCAUGUGUGGUUUUGAAGUGCGUAUAUUGCCCAAGAUACGAAUGACCCAGGAAGCUUUUAGCAACACAAGAGAUGGAGUUUGGAAUCUGCAGAAUGAGCAGACAAAAGAGCGUACUGCUGUUGCUUUCUUAAGGGUAGAUGAUGAACACAUGAAGGUAUUUGAGAACCGAGUGAGGCAAAUUCUCAUGUCCUCAGGUUCAACAACUUUCACGAAGAUUGUUAACAAGUGGAAUACGGCACUUAUAGGACUCAUGACAUAUUUCCGUGAAGCAACUGUGCACACACAAGAAUUGCUGGAUCUGCUAGUAAAAUGUGAAAAUAAGAUCCAAACUCGUAUUAAGAUUGGGUUGAACUCAAAGAUGCCUAGCAGGUUUCCCCCAGUUAUCUUCUACACACCUAAAGAAAUUGGAGGGCUUGGAAUGUUGUCUAUGGGCCAUAUCUUGAUUCCCCAGAGUGACCUUCGGUAUAGUAAGCAGACUGAUGUUGGGGUAACACAUUUUAGGAGUGGAAUGAGUCACGAGGAAGAUCAAUUGAUUCCUAAUCUGUAUAGAUACAUUCAGCCAUGGGAGAGUGAGUUCAUUGAUUCUCAGCGUGUGUGGGCUGAAUAUGCUUUGAAGAGGCAGGAAGCACAGGCCCAGAAUCGGCGGUUAACCUUGGAGGAUUUGGAAGAUUCAUGGGAUCGUGGGAUUCCUCGAAUCAACACUUUGUUUCAGAAAGAUCGCCACACUCUUGCAUAUGACAAAGGAUGGCGAGUGAGAACAGACUUUAAGCAGUAUCAGGUACUGAAGCAGAAUCCAUUCUGGUGGACGCACCAGAGGCAUGAUGGGAAAUUGUGGAACUUGAACAAUUACAGAACUGACGUUAUUCAGGCUCUGGGAGGAGUCGAAGGAAUCCUUGAACAUACUUUGUUCAAGGGAACAUACUUCCCAACGUGGGAGGGUCUAUUCUGGGAGAAGGCUUCAGGAUUUGAGGAGUCCAUGAAGUAUAAGAAAUUAACUAACGCACAGCGGUCUGGACUUAACCAAAUUCCUAACAGGAGGUUUACGCUUUGGUGGUCGCCUACUAUAAACAGAGCAAAUGUAUAUGUUGGUUUCCAAGUACAGCUGGAUCUCACGGGGAUUUUCAUGCAUGGAAAGAUACCAACUCUAAAGAUAUCUCUAAUUCAGAUAUUCCGUGCCCACUUGUGGCAGAAGAUACACGAAAGUGUGGUGAUGGAUCUUUGCCAGGUUUUGGAUCAAGAGCUGGAUGCACUAGAGAUCGAGACCGUACAGAAAGAAACCAUCCACCCUCGAAAGAGUUACAAAAUGAACAGCUCAUGUGCUGAUAUACUACUCUUUGCUGCCCAUAGAUGGCCCAUGUCAAAGCCUAGUCUUGUUGCUGAGUCAAAGGAUGUGUUUGACCAAAAGGCUAGUAAUAAAUAUUGGAUAGACGUGCAGCUAAGGUGGGGUGAUUAUGAUUCCCAUGAUAUUGAGCGGUACACCAGGGCGAAGUUUAUGGACUAUACGACGGACAAUAUGUCGAUAUAUCCAUCACCAACUGGGGUUAUGAUUGGACUUGAUUUAGCUUAUAAUCUGCAUUCUGCAUUUGGAAACUGGUUCCCUGGGUCUAAGCCACUGCUUGCUCAGGCCAUGAACAAGAUCAUGAAGUCCAAUCCAGCGUUGUAUGUGCUGAGAGAACGUAUUAGGAAAGGGCUGCAAUUGUAUUCUUCAGAACCUACAGAACCUUACCUGUCAUCUCAAAAUUAUGGGGAGAUAUUCAGCAAUCAGAUAAUCUGGUUUGUGGAUGACACGAAUGUGUAUCGUGUCACGAUACACAAGACGUUUGAGGGAAAUCUCACAACAAAACCUAUCAAUGGUGCCAUUUUCAUAUUCAACCCUAGAACUGGCCAACUAUUUCUGAAGGUCAUUCACACGAGUGUAUGGGCUGGGCAAAAGCGUCUUGGUCAGCUGGCCAAGUGGAAAACUGCUGAAGAAGUUGCUGCCCUAGUCCGGUCCUUGCCUGUUGAAGAGCAGCCGAAACAAAUAAUUGUGACACGGAAAGGAAUGUUGGAUCCUCUUGAAGUGCACUUGCUCGAUUUCCCAAAUAUUGUCAUCAAAGGAAGUGAGUUGCAGCUGCCGUUCCAAGCCUGCUUGAAGAUUGAGAAAUUUGGUGAUCUGAUCCUGAAGGCCACAGAGCCCCAGAUGGUCUUGUUCAACAUAUAUGACGACUGGUUGAAGACUAUAUCAUCAUACACAGCUUUUUCGAGGCUGAUAUUGAUUUUGCGAGCUCUUCAUGUCAACAAUGAGAAGGCAAAGAUGUUGCUGAAGCCUGACAAGACUAUCAUCACCGAGCCCCACCAUAUCUGGCCGUCUUUAUCAGAUGACCAGUGGACAAAGGUUGAAGUUGCCCUCAGAGAUCUGAUCCUUUCUGACUAUGCCAAGAAGAACAACGUGAACACGUCGGCAUUGACCCAAUCAGAAAUCCGUGAUAUAAUUCUUGGAGCAGAGAUCACUCCGCCUUCACAACAGCGACAACAAAUUGCGGAAAUUGAGAAACAGGCAAAGGAGGCCAGUCAGCUCACAGCAGUCACUACUCGAACAACAAAUGUGCAUGGUGAUUCCAUCAUUGUCACGACUAUCAGUCCUUACGAACAGGCUGCUUUCGGGUCGAAAACUGACUGGCGUGUCCGAGCUAUAUCAGCCACCAAUCUCCAUCUUCGCGUCAAUCACAUAUAUGUGAACUCAGAGGACAUUAAGGAAACGGGGUAUACUUACAUCAUGCCCAAGAAUAUCUUGAAGAAGUUCAUUUGCAUUGCUGACCUGCGCACUCAGAUUGCUGGUUACCUUUAUGGAGUAAGUCCUCCGGACAACCCCCAGGUGAAGGAGAUCCGCUGUAUCGCCAUGCCGCCACAGUGGGGUACACACCAGCAGGUUAAUCUACCAUUGGCACUUCCUGAGCAUGAUUUCCUGAAUGACUUGGAGCCUUUAGGAUGGUUGCACACACAGCCAAAUGAGCUUCCUCAGCUGUCACCACAGGAUCUUGUGAGCCAUGCUAGUAUCUUGGCAAACAACAGACAAUGGGAUGGAGAGAAAUGCAUAAUUCUGACUUGCAGUUUCACUCCUGGUUCUUGCUCAUUAACUGCAUACAAGCUAACUCCAUCAGGGUAUGAAUGGGGUAAGAGUAAUAAGGAUGCACCUGCCAAUCCACAUGGUUAUCUGCCGACUUACUACGAGAAAGUUCAGAUGCUUUUGAGCGACCGUUUCCUCGGUUUCUACAUGAUACCUGACAACCGUCCUUGGAACUACAACUUUAUGGGCGUAAAACAUGCUCCAGGCAUGACAUACGGGUUGAAGCUGGGCACACCCCAUGAAUACUACCAUGAGGACCACCGCCCCACCCAUUUCCUGGAGUUCAGCAACCUUGAGGAAGUAACCCCUUUCUCUCUCCUCGCCAUUACCCUUCAGAGAAGAAAGCAUCAUCUCGUUCGGUGGGACCAGUCUUUUGGCGAUAAUGAUUUCCAGCGUCUGCUGGUGGUGGUGGUGGUGGCUGCGGCUGCUCAUGUGGGGAUCGGGGAUGCCGGGGACGAUGAUCAUAACCUAGGCGUCGGAGGUGGAAAGUGA